AUGCCACGUUAUACAUUACCAUAUCUCUUGGGUCAUUCAAAAUCAGCUCAUAGUGAUUGGUUACGAACAGCUUUAAUUCAUGCUGUAUGUUACUGUACAUCAGUUGAUGAUUUUCAACAGGAACGAAUUGCUCUUGAAUUAACUUAUCUUAUUAGUGGUUAUUCAUUAUUAUUUGUUGAAACUCAUGUCAAACAUUUUUUCAAUUAUUUUCAUGCUCAAACUGUGCGAUACUCAAGAAAUCAAAGUACAUAUGAUAAAUUUCGUCAACAAUGGUUUAAAUUCGUCGAACAACGAUAUGAACUUAUAGAGCAACUUGAAAAAUUUAAUAAUAAUGGUCGUUUAAUUCAAUUCAAUUACAUUUAUGAUUUUGGUCCAAGAUGUCGAUUCAAUCGAGAAUUUUAUAAACUUUGGAUUCAUUAUUUUGAAAAACAUCCAAUUCUAUCAGAAGAAAAUUCUAAAAUUAUCCUAACAACUACACAUUUUCAUUCAUUAAAUACAUUAUUAGCAAUAGACAAACCAUCAUAUACUACAAUUCUACAAUGA